GCAGCAGCAGAUGUGUGUCAUUUACUCUCUCUGUCUCUCUCUUCAUUACUUCAGCAGCAGAAGAUCAUUUGGAGCUCAAAAAGAGCAGAUCUUCAUGACCAAAGUUAAGAUGUCGUGGCACUCCAUGUACAAAAGCUCCAAGUUCCGGCAUGUUUAUGGAAAAGCGGGAAGCAGGGAACAGUGUUACGAGGGAAUUCCCAUCACUCACAGCGUCCAUGACAACCACUUCUGUGCCGUUAACCCCAAAUUCCUCGCCGUGGUCACCGAGAGCGCAGGAGGAGGCGCGUUCCUCGUUAUCCCACUUCAUAAGCCGGGGAGAAUAGACCCUCAUCACCCAAAGGUCUGCGGCCACCAGGGCAGCGUGAUGGACAUCAGAUGGAGUCCGUUCAUGGACAACAUCAUCGCGUCCAGCUCCGAGGACUGUACGGUGAGAAUCUGGCAGAUUCCUGACGGCGGUCUGAGGAGGAACAUGACCGAAGCUCUGAUGAUCCUGAUUGGUCACAGCCGGAGGGUGGGGCUUAUCGAGUGGCAUCCCACCUGCAGCGGCAUCCUGCUCAGUGCCGGAUACGACUGCAAGAUUCUGAUCUGGAACCUGGAGGAGGGCGUGGCUGUGAAGAUGAUUGACAGCCAUCCAGACGUCAUCCUCUGUAUGUCCUUCAACACCGAUGGAAGUUUACUGGCCACCAGCUGUAAGGAUAAAAAACUGCGCAUUAUUGAUCCACGUUCAGGGAAAGUUCUUCAGGAAGCAGACUGUAAAAGCACCAGAGUGAACCGCGUGGUGUUUCUGGGUAAUCUGAAGCGUGUCCUCACCACGGGCGUCUCCAGGUGGAACACUAGACAGAUUGCAUUGUGGGAUCAGGAGGAUCUGUCUGCUCCCAUCACAGAGGAGGAGAUCGACGGGCUGUCUGGUGUCCUCUUCCCCUUCUAUGAUGCUGACACACACAUGCUUUAUCUGGCCGGGAAGGUGAGCCACUCUCCAGUAAAACAAUCUGAAGCAUGCAGAACUGUGGGUCAUCUUACUGUCGAGAUGGUCUCGCAUCCACAGGGAGACGGAAACAUCAGGUAUUACGAGGUGAGUCCUGAGAAACCCUUCCUGCAGUUCCUGAUGGAGUUCAGAUCGCCGGCUCCGCAGAAGGGUCUGGGUGUGAUGCCCAAACGCGGCAUGGAUGUGAGCGAGUGUGAGAUCUUCAGGUUUUAUAAGCUGGUGACUCUGAAAGGUCUGGUGGAGCCCAUCUCCAUGAUCGUCCCGCGCAGGUCUGAGACGUAUCAGGAGGAUAUUUUCCCGAUGACGGCGGGCACAGAAUCAGCCCUGUCGGCCGCUGAGUGGCUCAGUGGGAUUGACAGAGGGCCACAGCUGAUUUCCCUUAAAGAAGCUUAUAAACGUCCAAAUCCAGCAGGUCUCAGAGCAUCUAAACGGGACAGACGGACAGUGAAGGGCAUCGACCUGCUGGAGAACAUUACACCGAACACAGACAAAGAGCUCCUGAAGAUGGUCUUCAAGCAGCAGGAUGAAAUUAGGAAACUCAAAGAUGAACUCGGAGAAAAAGACGAGAGAAUCCGACAACUGGAGCUGGAGCUCAAGAACCUGAGAAACACGUGACGAGCAAAACAGAGCUGCUUGUUCGGGUUGUUAAGGUUACACUCAACAACAACAAAAAACUAAUAGUUUUAUGAUUUUAUGGAAUUUAAUAACAUUAUUGAAGAUGGAUGUACGUUUGUACGGCUCUCACUUGUGGUUUUAAAGGGACAGUUCACCCAAAAAUGAAAAGUCAUGCAUUAUUUACUCCCCCUCAUGUUCUUCAAACCCAUAUGCUGAUAUUUUUCAGUAUAAUGAUGUUCAGCUGAUGUCUUGAAACAUUGCAGUGCUACUUUCAUUAUAUUCAAAACAGAAGCUCUGACAUUCAGGUAAACAUUUUCCAUAGAAGAAAGUAAGUCAUACAGGUUUAGGAUGACAUAUUGGGGAGUAUUUGAUGAAUUUUCAUGUUUUGGUGAACUCUUUCUUUAAGAUACAGAUGUGCAAAUGAAGUCUUGAUGUUUACAAGUUCAAACAGAUGUGCUUCUUCAUUUGUAGAGGAAGCGAAUGAAGUGCUUCCGGUUGUUUGCCAGCAGAUGGCACCAGAGGAGAGAGAGCAAACUCAUCUCAAAGUCUUAGUCUGCUCUAUAUAUACAUGAGAUGUUCAAAAUCAGUCAUUGUGUUGGUUAUUUAUGCUGGCUUGAUUUGUAAGUAGGACAUGACAUGUUUACAAAUAAAAUAUUGCUCAA